GCCCCUAACUCCGACGCCCGAACUCCUAAACCCACCCCCGUGCCCCGCUGCCGUCGCCGCCGCAGCCUUCCUCCCCCUCCAAAUCCGUGCACCGCCUCCGGCCAUGGCCACGGCCAGCGACGGCAGCGGAAGCGGCAGCGGCGGCGAGCAGCGGCGCCUCCUCUCCAUCCCGAAGGAGGGCGAGCGCAUCAUCGCGCCGACGCGCCGCCCCGACGGCACGCUCCGCAAGGCCAUCCGCAUCCGCGCCGGCUACGUCCCCCAGGAGGAGGUCGCCAUCUACCAGUCCAAGGGCGCCCAGAUGAGGAAGUCAGGGCCCGACGUGCCGCCCGGGUACGACCCGGCGCUCGAUGCUAAACCUAAGACGAAGGCGGCCAAGCGGAACGAGCGGCGUAAGGAGAAACGGCAGCAGCAGGCCGGUUCAACAAAUGAUAAAGGAAAGAGCUUGCAUAUAGAGGAUGAUGCUGGAGAAGCGGACAAUCCAAAGGAUGCAGUGGACAGUGUAACAAAGCAGAUAAGUGGCAUUGCUAUUUCUGAAUCUCCAGUUGUAGCAACUUCCUCCGCUGAUGCUACCAACAACUCAAAACUGCAACCGACUGGUCCAGACAUAGACAAGAAAAUUCGAGCACUGAAGAAAAAGAUACGCUUAGCAGAAGCACAACUGCAAGGAGAUCCAGAAAAAUUAAAGCCUGAACAACUCGAAAAAAUGAAGAAGAUAGAAGCUUGGCAGGAGGAACUGAAGCUUUUGGGGGAGAGCUCUCCUGGCGCUUCCUAGACAGUCGACCUCAGCACUGAUGUCUAGUAGAGCCAUCAUCAUAUAUCGAACGCCUGCAGUGGCGUUUUGCUGAUCCAAAGUCCAAUCAGUCAUGUCUUGCUUCCCUUAUGCCCCUCGGCCUCUGGAAAAGCAAUUGGGUUCACAGACAGUGGUAGCCUUUUGCCACAAUUUGUUGUCUCGUGUACGCCCUCCAGUCCGAAGAUUCAUAUUGCAAAAUCCGUUUGUUGUAGACAUCGUGCAAUCAGACAACCGGCUGGAGUUGGGGCAUGUUACGGUACCAUUGUAGCUUUGUAUAUUAUGCCAACAUUGGCGAUUCCCCUUGACACUGGAUCUUACAUUCAUUGCUGAUCCAGUAAUAACCUUGAAUUUGAAGGCCACAGGCCUCAUUGCAUCAACAAAGAUGCCAGGCGAGUCUAUUACCUUGAUCCAUUUUUCCGCAUUCAGCUU